AUGGUCUCCCUCAAGACCUUUGGCCUACUGGCCACUCUGGCCGCCGGUGUCUUCUCCCAAACGCAACUCGACUACGAAUAUGUCGUUGUCGGCUCUGGUGCAGGUGGUGGUCCAUUGGCCGCCCGCCUCGCCUUGGCUGGACACAAGACUCUGUUGAUUGAGGCUGGUGAUGACCAAGGUGCCAACGUCAACUACACUGUCCCAGCCUAUCAGGCCAAGUCAACCGAAGACCCGCUCCUCUCGUGGGACUUCUUCGUCCGCCACUACUCCGACGAUGCUCGUCAGGCAAAGGACUUCAAGCUCACCUACAACCUCCCCGAUGGGGGCGAGUACACCGGCCUCAACCCCCCUGCUGGCGCCACCAUCAAGGGUGUCCUCUACCCGCGUACCGCCACUCUCGGAGGCUGCACGGCACAUAACGCUCUCGUCUUCGUCUACCCCGACCGCAGCGACUUCCAAUACAUCGCUGACCUGACCGGAGACAAGUCAUGGGGUCCAGACAAUAUGCGCAAGUACCUUGUGAAGAUGGAGGACAACACCUACCUUCCGCCAAUUGUUCCAGGCCACGGCUACAAUGGAUGGCUCGGCACGGCUGUGGCGCCUCUGAGCAUUGCGCUCAAAGACUCUAUGUUGUUCGGCAUGGUUGCUGGGGCCGCUGCGGCGCUCGGUAACGGCACAUCCAUCCUGGCCAAUUUCCUCAACGUCCUGGUAAACGACGCCAACUCAGACAGCACCAUUCGUGACACAACCCAAGCGCUUUACCAGAUUCCAAUCACUUCCAAGAAGGGCGCUCGCAGUGGAUCUCGCGACAUCAUCGUCCAAGUCCUCAAUGCUGUCAACGCCGACGGCUCGAAGAAGUACCCGCUCGAUGUCCGCCUCAACUGCUUGGUUACCAAGGUCACCUUCGACAAGAGCGUGUCGCCUCCUCGUGCCACUGGUGUUGAGUUCCUCGACGGCAAAGCGCUCUACCGUGCUGACUCGCGCUCCAAGGACGCGGCUCCUGGUACCCCUGGCAGCGCCUCUGCCAGCCGCGAGGUCAUCGUCGCUGGUGGCUCCUACAACAGCCCUCAGAUCUUGAAGCUUUCCGGAAUCGGUCCCGCCGAUGAGCUUCAGCAAUUCGGAAUUGAGGUUAUCGCUGAUCUCCCUGGUGUCGGAACCAACUUGCAAGAUCACUACGAGGUUGUUGUCCAGGGUUCGACUGCCAGCGGAAAGAACUUCUCUACCCUUGACGGUUGCAACUUUGCCUUCGCUGACGAUGGCAAGCCUAUUCCCGCUACCGAUGACCCUUGCUACAAUAAAUGGCUUGCAGCAGGUCCCAACGGAGACCGCGGAACCUACGCCAGCAGUGGUUUCGCGGCUGGCAUGUUCAUCAAGACCAGUGCAGACCCUAGCCCUGACUAUGGCCUGCUCUCCUUCGGUGGUCCCGUCAACUUCCGCGGUUACUUCCCUGGUUACUCAUACAACGCCACUCAGUACCACAACUGGUGGUCGUGGGCUAUUCUCAAGUCGCACCCUCGCAACCGUGCUGGUAGCGUCAAGCUGAGGUCUGCUGACCCUCUUGACACCCCGGACAUUCUGUUCAACUACUUUGACACUGGCAGCGGAGACUAUGACAAGGACCUCCAGCAGAUCACCGAGGCUAUCAGGACCAGCCGUAACGCACUGAACAACCAGCCCACCAAGUUCAACGAGAUCCUUCCCGGUGGCAACGUCCAGACCACCGCUCAAAUCAAGGAGUACGUUAAGAACACCGCCUGGGGCCACCACUGUUCCAGCACUUGCCCCAUCGGUGUCGACAGCGACCCAUACGCUGUCCUUGACUCCAGCUUCCGCGUCCGCAAGGUCCAGGGACUUCGUGUCGUCGAUGCGUCCGUCUACCCCAGGAUUCCGGGUACCUUCACCGCCGCGUCGACUUACCUCGUCGGCGAGAAGGCUGCUGAUGUUAUUCUCACUCAGCUGAAUGCGACAGCGUCGUCCUAG